AUGUCUCCAAAUUCAAUCCUUGAUAGUUACCAAUGCAAUCAAUGCAAAGAGUGCCACACCAAUUUAAAAAAAGCCAAGAGUUGUAGAGCUCACUGCUUUAAGAACCGUCAUAGAAGACAUAAUGAUAUCCAGACUUCACAAACCACGCCUGUUCCUGGACAAGUCAGUGUUGUUUUGAACACUGUCUCGAACGACAUUAUUGACAGAGAACGUGCUGAUGCAAUCGAAGAUCAGAUCAUGGAUAGACUCAACAGCGAAGAUAACGAUGAUCUAAUUAUGAAUAUCUUCAGUAAUGAUGAUAAUGAUGAGUCUAUGUAUGAUGCAGAACUUAGCAAUUACAUGGAUAUCAUUGAAAACGAAACAUCUCCUUUGGUUUUUGACUUCAGUCAGCCUGCAUCUACCCUUGACAAAGACGAUGCAAAGAACCUUGAGUUUCUCAAGAUCAUUAAGGAUUUUGUCAAGCAUUUCAACAGCAUUUUGGAAAUGUCGACUUGUAUUACAUACAGAGCAUGUACUCCUCAUCUUGGCAAAAAGCUUUUGAAGCGUUUCUCUGGUGUUGAAGAGACAGUCCAUGAUAUCUGUCAGAGGGGAUGUAUGCUCUUUACCAGUCCAUCCCAGACUGAGUGCUCCAACUGUGGACAAAGCCAGUACAAAACAAGACGUAGAGAAACUGAGGGUGGUGAUCUGGUUGCUGCUGCCACGAUGAUACAGCUUCCAUUGGCGAGACAACUGGCUCUUGCAUUAGCCAACGAGAAUACAAGAGCAGAUAUGCAUUACCGCCAUAAUCAUGAGUCAAGCUCGGAUGGAAGUAAAACUGAUGUGUUUGAUGGCCAGGUUUACCAUCAAGCGAAACAUCUGUUUUCUGGAAAAGAUGACAUUGCAAUUUCGUUGCCUGUUGAUGGAUUCACACCACACAAUGUUCCUGGUUCUGUAACAAUCCUCUAUGCCACCAUUCUUAACCUGAAUCCCAUGGUCUGGUAUGAGAGAAGCAGAAUGCUCCAGAUCGCAAUGAUCCCAGAGCUCCUGGUGUUGGAGAGCGAAGGGAUGGUUGUCAAGACACCAAACAAGACCAUUCGUGCCAAGAUACAUGUCUUAAUGGUCACUGGUGACAUUCCCGCCUUAGAAAAGUUGGCAUGUCAUUCUGGACAUAUGAGCAAAGACGAUUGCUGUAUCUGUCAUGUUGUUGGCCAAUGUCCCAAGCACGAACAAUACUUCAGAACUUUACUCAGCACCAAUAUCCGUAUGCUGGAAAGUUUUCAGAAUUUUUCCCAGGCCAGUGCAUCCAGCCGCAAAGGGUUAAAUGGACAAUCCCCUCUGGUAACAUUGAAGAUAUUCUCUAGACCAUUGUUUUUUGCCCUUGAUGAAAUGCAUGGACUUUGCCAUGGAAUAAGCAAGCAGGUCUGGGGUUUGGUUUCUGGUACCUAUGGAACAGACCAUUGUUUUGCUCUUUCUUCUGGUGUUCAGAAGGAGAUUGGUACAGCAAUGUACAAAACAAGAAAUACCAUCUCUACAUCCUUCCAUAGCAAUUGGAGGGUCGUUCAAGGCUGUCGAUUAGGCAGACUUUCUUCUGUUUGUCGUCCCUAUGCUGGUGGCAGAGCGUAUUGGAGAUGCAACUGCCUGGAACGCGUUACUUGGCUUGGUUCAAUAAACUUGAAAUAUGGAACAUGUACCUGGAAUUGCUACUUACAACAUCUUCUUCAGCACUAUCCUCUCAUAAUUGAUGCAUACGGCCCACCUUAUGCAUAUAGUGCCAGAUCCGUGGAAUGGGCAAUCGGUGAAUACUCAAGGGCUAUCAAGAGUAAUUCUGCUAUAAAUGUUAACACUGGCAAUAUCAUGUUUGGCUUAGCACAAAUACGACAAGCAGAGGCUGGAGCCACUAUUAUGAUUACAGAAGCAAGAACAGCACAACACUUACAAUAUGAAGAUUCCACUGCUGGUUGGCCAUUGACAGAUGAGGGUGAGCGUGUUGGUGCUGGGUCUGAUAUUGAGUUCUGGGGGCCUUUGAGGAAUAGAACGAUCCAAGAUAGUUUUGAAGGCAUUUCUUGUCUUUCGAAACUUCUUGAAGACUUCUACAAAUCAAAGGGGGAAGAGUGUAGUAUGAUUGAAGCAGCUAUACAAACUAGCCACAAGACUUCUGUCAAUAGUUGUGUGAUUGACUCUGCACUUGACCAAAAUUGUGUAAGGGAGGCACAUAACAUCAGAUUACAGAUUCAGGUUGAUGAAAACCACAACAUAAAUUCUACAUACUCCCUGGUUUACAAGGAUUUCUUUGGAAAAGUUUUUGUCUUCUUUGAGCACAAGCUCAACAACAAGAGGUGGCCACUUGCUCUUGUAGAGAUUGCAGCAGUCCGUUUGGUAAAUGAUAUACCAGUUGUUAACAAUGGGCAAAUGAAGCCAAAGGUAGUUCAUCUGGCAGAUGUCAAAGAAUUGGUUGGUUUGGUGCUUGCCACCACCCAGAAAUUUAUCUGCAUCAAAAAUUUAGGGGAAUUUUACGGACAGCCUGGCGGGACAGCCUGGAAGGAUGUUUAG